AUGGAUCGAGUGCAGGCAUUCGGUAAGACCUUCAGCGCGAGCUUCACGCCAUUUGCGCAGCGCACCCAGCAAAUGAUCAAGGAGCAGCUGGGACAGGUUGAAGAUAAGACCCAGCUCCCCGAUGAGUACAUCGAGCUCGAGAAGCGCGUCGAUGCGCUCAAGCUUGUCCACCAGAAGCUGCUCCAGGUAACCUCGCAAUACUCCAACGAGGCCUAUGACUACCCGCCCAAUAUUCGCGAAUCCUUCAACGACCUGGGCCGCACUAUCAACGAGAAGGUCACCCUCCUGUCUCAGGCCAGCUCCCCGGCCGAAGCCCAGGCUGCCCUGACCGCGCCGCCCGCCGCAAAGCCCCAGCCCAAGACCUUCAACCACGCGAUUGCGCGCGCUUCGCUCGCCGGCUCCCAGACCCUCGCGCAGAGCAGCCAUGUCGAGGACCCGCUCGCCACCGCGCUGGAGAAGUACGCCCUGGCUGAGGAGAAGGUCGGCGAGGCCCGUCUCAGUCAGGACGCGCAGAUCCAGUCCCGUUUCCUGGCUGGUUGGAACACCACGCUGAACACCAACUUGAUGUUCGCUGCGAAGGCGCGCAAGAACGUUGAGAACGCUCGUCUUACCCUGGAUUCGAUCAAGGCUAGCAAGAAGGCUGCUGCUCACGGUGACUUGGAUAACUUGAGCGAGGAUGCCCGCCAGGAGAUUGAGCAGGCGGAGGAUGAGUUCGUUGGUCAGACUGAGGAGGCUGUUAGCGUGAUGAAGAACGUCCUUGAUACCCCCGAGCCCCUGCGCAACCUGGCCGAUCUGAUCGCUGCCCAGCUGGAGUUCCACAAGAAGGCCUACGAGAUCCUGAGUGAGCUCGCUCCCACCGUGGACGCGCUCCAGGUCGAGCAGGAGGCUAGCUACCGCAAGAGCCGUGAAGGCGCAUAA